AUGGACGUCAAAUUUCACGGCGUGAAUGUUACUUACACCAACAGGGGCACCAAGACUGCAAACUUGUACUGCUACUACGAGAAUCUAUAUCUUGUGCACCCUGGCGCCAAUCUGUCUAUCGAAACACUACGUGGAUCGGAUUUCUAUGGAUGCAUCCGAGAUGUACCCAAAAGCCUUCAGAAACGCACUCCUCUGGCUAUUUUCUCAGAUAUUUGUGCAGUUUCCCUGAGCAAAGUGGUCUACAUUGAAGCAGCCGUGAACUUCCUGACAACGAAAUCUAUGUUACGCGAUUUCAUCAAAGGCGUGCCCUUCGGCUAUGACGUAGAUGUUUAA